AUGAAAUGCAAGCUUCUUCUAGCACUUAAACUGCAACUGUGCAAUUUCAAUGUGAUUCAGCUAUUCAGUGAUUCAAACAAGGUCUAGGAGAAGAUUAUGCUAGAGUAUCUUAAGAACACAUGGAGUAGAAUAUCUAAGAUUACACCAUGGGCUACUAUGUUUGGUUCAUAAGACUCCUCAAAUGACAUCGACUAGGGUGAUGUCGGAGAUUGCUACUUUCUUGGAGGGGCUGCCUCAGUAGCAGAAGAUGAUUAAAGAUUCAAAUAGAUUUUUGUGAACGAACUUAACAAUAAAGCUGGUAUACCAACUAUCAUAACAGUAGAUGACUAUCUUCCAGUAACGACCUCUGGUACCAAGUCUAUAUUUGCUCAGAUAGGCAAGGAUGGAUCAAUGUGGGUUUCUCUACUAGAAAAAGCUUGGGCUAAGUUAAAUGGAAAUUACGAAAGAAUUGGAGGAGGAUUUGGAUAGGAACCCGUUAGUUUCCUUACUAACUCUCCUUCUCGGUUUUACAAAGUUGCUGGUCUUAGUUUAGAUGCACUAUGGAAUCUAGUAGAUGAUUCGGACACGAAUGAAUUUUUAAUGACUGUAUCAACUGCACCUGGAAGCGAUAAAGAUAAGUGUAUAUUCAAUCUUCCUUGUGGACAUUUAUUCACUCUUUUGGAUGCUUAAAAUUUGAUUUCUAAAAAUGGGACAAAAGUGAUAAGAAUGUAUAAGUUUAGAAAUCCUUGGAAAAAAGACAAUUCUUUCACAGGAAAUUGGAAGGAUUCUUCCCCUAUUUGGAAUGCUAAUGGGGAAACAUAUGACAAGCAAGUUAAUCUGACGAUUGCAGAUGAUGGAAUAAUGUGGGUUGAAGAGUCAGAAUUCGUAAAAGCUUUUAACCAAUUAGAAGUGUCGCAUUAUUAAAAAAAUUGGGAAUUUUCUUGGUACAAUAAGGAAGACGAUAACGGCUAGAAAGCAUUAUACUAUUUUAAGCUUGAUAAGACUACCUAACUUAUCAUUAAACUGGAUAUCUACAGCUCCAGAAUGUAUGCUUUUAACUGUAAGACUCUCGGUGAUGAUGACACUAGUCUUGACUUAAGGCUAGUAAGUAUAGAUAGUGCUGGAAAGAUUCUAAAUUAAUUUUCCUAUAAGUCAUUGUCAAGUAUGGACAGUUUUGGUUGGAUCAAUCAGACUGAAAAUCCUCUGAAGCCCGGUUAAUACCGAGUUGAGGUUACUCCAACCUGGCUUCAAUCUGAUGUAAAAGACUAUACAGUGGUGAUUCAUGCUCCAUAUAAAAUACAAUUAACUGACUCAAAGGGUAAGACAAAUCAAGUUGGUGGAUCUCAUGAUUUGGAUUACAAAUUAUCUGAAAAUAAAGCAAAUACAUAAAAGGCAAAGAGCAAUUUAUUUUAAACUAAAAAGGAAGCUACUGAGCAUAAGAGAAGAGACAAUUCAAAUAUCUCUUUUGUAAAUUAUAGCAAACAUAAAGAAUGA